AUGGACCAUGGCAGCCUUGGAGAGGACGCUGUCCGGCGCUCCGGCCCGAUUGUUGCUCUCAACCACCACUCGCACGCUCGAUCUCACUCCCGCUCCCACUCCCAUUCCCAUACACAUCAUUUCCGCUCCCGCUCGAGCUCCCGAGACGACGACACUCCUCCUGCCCUUGGUUGCAGCCCGGACAGCAUCGACGACCCCAAGCUCCAGAAGAUCCCCAUCGACGCCUACGCUGCAGCAAAUCUGCACGGCUUCCAAGCCAAUGUCCGCGCGACUGAUGCGUCGAAUGACCCCGACGACGACCCCGUAGACCCGGCCGAUUUUUACCGCAGCUACCGAGAAGGCGCCCAGCCCGGGCACGUCGCUGCACCAUCGUUGACCGAUCCUAUGACCGCUGAUCUUCCUGCUUCUCCUCAGCUCUCGGCGUCUGCUGCCAACACCAACACCACUAGCCCCCGCAGACCGACGUCGUCGCGGUCAAACGGCACCGGUGCCCCUCUCAAGGGCCCCCAGGCCACAACCGCACUCCCCCAGCGGGGCAUUCCUCAACCCAGCCAGCGCUCCGUCUCAAAUCCCGCCGAGAGUCGCAUACCAACCCCAUCGGCAUCGGCAACGUCAACGAGACCCCCUCUGACCGUCAGCCACGUCCCGAGCGUGAAGGAUCUGAAGAAGAGGUUUGACCAGUCAGCCCCAUCAUCGCAAUCCACAGACCCUGUCCGGAAAUCGACGCCGAGAUCUCGAGACCCGAGCUUGAAUGGCAGGUUGACAAGUGCUGGCACCGGUGCAACCUCUCACGGUGCACCCACGACCUCAUCGGGGACACGCGAUACGCCACGCGACCCGACAAAAACAUCCCAUACUCGACCCCGAUAUCUGGCCGGAGACCCUUCUCACAACAUUUCGCAGCAAUCGUUCGCGAGCAGGAUAGCCCGGCCGCGUGCCGGUGCAUCCAAGCCGCCAAACGACCCUGGCUCGCGCACUCUGCUCUUUGGAGAGAUCUUACCGGAGCAGAGCGGCUCGGCCACGCCGGGCUUUGGUAUCGAGAGCGUCACACGUCCUAGGAGGACCUCUGACUCCAGCAUACAGAACCCGACGCGCUAUCAGAUGCGAAGCCGCUCCGACCCCGAUGUCGAGCCCCCAUCGCCGAGCGACUGGUAUCGAACGGUUGACUCGUCCCAGCAGCACGGGUUCGAUCACGCGGCUACCUCGUUGUCCAAGAACCAUUCCCGUGCGCGUAGUGAUCUCGCCGGCUCGAAGCUUCCCCUGCCCCCGAUCCGUCCAGACAUUGCCGUGUCGAAGCGUGACACCGAUUCACCCGUCUCCCCUGUAUCCUCAACCUCACAAACAUCCACGGCCUCGCGCCUACCCCGGCUGGCCAAGCGGAUGAACACUUCAUCUAGUCACGCCAGCCCUGUCUCGAGUCGCUCCAGUUCGCCUUCUGCUUUCAGAUACUCCACAGGCGCCGGCCGAUCCUCGCGGCAGCCCGCGCAGUCGACGGCAUCCCGUUCUAAAACCCCCACAACGAGCAGCUCUUCACAGGUCAAGACCCCAUCUCAAACCCCCACUUCCUCGGCGCGCAAGGCACCUCCGCCAAGCACCACAACUUCAUCGGCCAGCCGGCUCAACGCCUAUGUAGCCGUUCCCCCUCCGAAGCUCUCGCCUCCCCUCCGUAGCUCUCGACCCCGUCAGUCUGUCGCAAGUGCCACAACGGCUGCAUCCAGAAUGCGCGCAGUUGAGAGGACGCCGGCUCCGAAGCAGGAAGAGCCUACCCCUCGCAGGCGAAAGAUAUCAGUUGGUGCCAUCGAUUUCGCCCAAAGGCGGGAAACCAUCAAGCUUGCCUACAGCAAGUCCCUUCGUGAGACGCAGGCACUUGAAGCAAGGAAGGCAGCUGCAGAGAAAAGGAAGAAGGAACUAGAGACUGUUGCAAAAACAAAAGUGGAAGCCGAGGCUGCUGUUGUCGCCGCCCUUGCUAAUAGCACGGCUACUGCCCUUGCCGCGCCUGUUCUGCCCCGAAAGACCAGUAGCAGAAGGCCCUCCACUACAGACCCCUUGGCGGGGAGUAUCUUGACAAGCGCAAGGCCCGGAUCAGAACCGAGAGAGCCCGAGGCGGCAGAAGCAGGACAACUUCCAGCAGAAUCAGCAUCCGGACCGGCAGAAACGGCAGCUGAAUCCCUCCCUCGGAUUGAGUUGCCCGUCUCGCGGGAGCUGACGCCAACGGAAGACUCUGGUCUCCCCGAGGCUUCCGUUGUGCUCCAGGAGCCGCAUAAUGAGCCACUUAACUACCGUCCCAGCUCUCUUAGAUUGGAGAUACCAGGAGCGUUCCCCGACGCGGAGCUUGUUCCUUCAUCCCAUGAUGAUAUGCCAAUCUCCGCGGUAUCUGACACUAGCGCCAUUACGGAGUUUGACACAGAGGUGCAAACAGAACCUCCGAGGCAAGAAAGUGGGCCAGUCGCAGGUGCUUCUUUGGAUGAGAUUCCUCCGGCCUUGUCUCAGUCUGCGGCCGAGCCGAAGGUUACCGGGCAAUCCCUCCACGAACAACAGCCGCAUUCCUCGAUCCAGCACGACCAAAAAAGCGCAUCCUACCGGCCCUCCCCGGAGAACGAGCCUCAGGAGGACGAUUGUGUUUCCAUCAAGAUCUCGCUCGACACCUCCGCAAUCCCCGAUGCGCAGCCGCGACCAUCUUCCCAGCCCGCUCCGGCCCGGCCCAGCGCUUACAUGCCUUAUCCGGCUGAUGAAGAUGACGAUGAGUACGUGCCGCGGCCGUAUAUUCCCCCAGCCGAUAGUUACAAGACGACUGUUACCAUUCUGGGUCCGGAUCAUGAUUUUAAGCCGUUGCACAAGGACCAGCCUCGUGAAACCACACCCCUGGCGGGCCUGCGUCAAGCAGAUGAGCUUUCCGCAGCAGCUGCCGCUUCUGAACCCGGCUCCCGGGGAGCUUCCCGUCUGGAUGAAAGCCGUUUUGAGAAAGGCUCACCUGAUCUCGAGGGUUUGGAGCGAAUCGAAGACUUCUAUAUUGGACCGCGGCUCCGUGACAAUGUGGCCGCUCUGCGUGACUCAACCUUUACUUCAUCUGGUUCGGGAACAAACACGCCUCUCGAUGUUCACCAUUCCUCCUCUUCAUCACAAUACCCUGAGCCGUCUGGCAUUAACACAUCACUCGGGCUCACUGUCCCUUCGCUUUUGGCUCCCGGCAAUCGACAAAGCCACCAUUCCGCGUGGACCGACUUUUCUAUCGGAAGCGAGGAACCCGACGGUGGCCGCCCAUUCUCUGCUGCGGCUUCACACGAUGACUACCUAACUUCCGAAGGCGGAGUCAUCAGAGUCAGACCUUCUGUGGGGGAUCUCAGCACUUGCGCUUCGAGCUUCGGAGAGCUCACUCAAAGCCCGGAAAUAUCAUCAUCACUGGACCGCUCCCGAGCCCCCUCGCCACCUAUGCUUCCUGAGCUGCCCCCUAGCCGCCAGCUUUCGCUUGAGCCCGAGAGCGCCGAUAUCUUGACCGCCCGCAGCGAGCCUGGCUCGACGAGGACGUCAUCGGUAUCCAGGCCACCCAUUCCCGAGCGCUCCUCUUCGGUGCGCACUUGCGACCAGGAAAGCAGGACUCUAUACCUCUCCGAAAGUCGCCCACAUAGCUACGCCCAUAGCCAUGACGGACUCCAGCCUGCUGGCAGUACUAACACUAUGUCUCCUCCAGCCUCGGUAUCACGACUUCAACUCGACUCUGCAGCCGGGUCACGAGAUUCUCUCGGGGAGAGCACACUGGCAGAGCAACAGUCGGCGCCCCUAACUGAAGAAGAGCAGGCCGAGCAAAAGCGACUUCGGCAGCGACAGCUGGUGAUUCGGGAACUGAUCGAUACCGAGGAGACAUUUGUUAGAGACAUGACUGUCGUCGAAGAGAUCUACAAGGGCACCGCCGAAGCUUGCCCGAACCUGGACAGCAAGACCAUCAAGUUAAUAUUCCGGAACACUGACGAGAUCAUUGCCUUCCACACUGCUCUGCUUGCCGAGUUCAAAGAGGGUGCCUCGACAGUAUAUACUCCUCCAAAGGCAAGGAGAUCGCCGCAGCUCGCGCCAAACGCCCCGGACUCGGACUCUUCGGCUGCUGCUCCGACAGCGUCGUCCAGCAAAAUACAACAUGACGACGAGAAGGAUCGUUUGACGUCUCUCGGGCCCAUCUUCACGAGAAACAUCGACCAGCUGAAGGCGGUGCACGAAACGUAUCUGCGCACCAGUGACGCGGCGGCCAAGCGCCUGCUCCAGAUCCAAGAAGACAAGACGGUCAUGGUCUGGCUGAAUGAAUGCAAUGUUGUCGCCAAGGAGCUCACGACAGCCUGGAACCUCGACUCCCUGCUGAUCAAGCCCAUGCAGCGCAUCACCAAAUAUCCCGACAUCAUCACUCAUCUUCUCAAGUACACGCCCGACAACCAUCCGGACCGCGAGCCCCUCAUCCAAGCGAGGACCGCUGUGAUUGAUGCCAUCGACGAGAUCAACAAGAGCAAGAAGAACUUUGAGCUCGUGGGGCAAAUCGUCAGCAACAAGAAGCGCAAGGAGUCAUCGGAUGUCAGGCUCGGUCUGGCGCGGGCCUUUGGCAAGCGUGUUGACAAGCUCCAAGGCACCGGGUCCAAGACAGCCGAGGAUGAAGAGUACCAGCGUCUCCAGCAGCAGUUCAGUGACGAUUUUCUCCGGUUGCAAGUCGUGCUGCGCGACGUGGAAUUCUACACGCGCUCUGUGUCCACCUACGUCCACGAGUUCUUGCAAUAUCUGUCGUCUAUUGAGCUGGUCAUGCGCCUACAGCCGUCGAGGGACUAUGCCCACAUUGAGUCCAAGUGGGUGCAAUUCAACGUUUCGAUGAGGGAUAUCGAGAAGGUUGCCCUGGAGAAGCAUCUGGCUGAUGUUAGGAAGCACGUCAUCGAGCCGUUUGAACAAGUCAUCCGGUGCUAUACCAAUCCCUCGCUGGCGAUGAAGAAGCGGGCCAAGCGUCGCCUUGACUACGAGAGGUACAUGCA